AAUUGGAAACGAGCAUAUAUAUCGCCAUUUCUUGUUGUAUGAAUUUCAAUCUUAGUGUUCGGGUCACGUAGGUGAAUUGUUAAGAGCGGUGGAUUUGAUAUACUUUGCGAAUGUUGCAUUUGGAUACAAUGAAGUGUCUUUUUAACAAUAGAGAAUGAGCAAAUUUCGUCAGCUGAUUAAAGGACUUGGAGUAGCGAUUGGAACUGGCAUUAACAUAUUUUGCAUUGGACACUGCGCAGUUGAAUAUGGAGCAGAAGUCACGUUUUUGACUGGACCAUCUAUGAUUCCAACUUUCAACAAGACGUGCAGCAAUAAUGUUGUUAUAACUGAACAUAUAUCUACUAGAUGGGAUAUGCUAGAAAAAGGUGAUGUCGUCAUUUCGAAAUCUCCUGUUGAUCCAAAUAGUUUUGUGUGUAAAAGGAUAGCUGCUAAGGCUGGAGAUAAAGUCGCACGUGGUGAUGGUAUGUAUGGACAGUCACCAAAUAAGUAUAUUAAGAUACCACGUGGUCAUGUGUGGUUGCUAGGCGACAAUCCUGAUAAUUCUACAGAUUCAAGAGAGUACGGCCCUGUCCCAUUAGGUUUAAUGAGAGGGAGAGUUUGUUUUAAGAUUUGGCCUUUAAAUGAAUUUGGUCCAGUAAAAUAAAAGCAUUCCGUAUCGAGGUAGGAUCUUGUUAAUGGUAGAGAUUUUCUUGACGUACAGUCAUGGCUAAUAAAGAGAAAUCCAAGUUACCAUUACAUCGUUGCUGUUUUAGCAGAGAUAUUGAAGGGUGUAUUUGUAAUUUUAAGUCGGAACUCAACAGAUUGUAUAGACUUUACAUUUUACUCAAAAUAGAAUUCAUUGUUUUUA